AUGGCUAACACCAAUCGCCCAACGACGCGAUCGUUACGGAGCAACACAACCAUCAGAGGAGCUUUCCGCUCAACAAUCGUUCAACAGAACUCGAAACAGAAUCUUAGAACCUCAGGACAAUACGGACUUGGCUUGUCCGGAUAUCCCCCUUUUUCUGCUGGACUCCAAAUUGCUACUUCAUUUUCAAAGGAUCCCGAUAUUGAAAGGGCUCUUCUUCGUGUUCCACGAUUUCGUACAAAUUCAGUGACCGGCGUUUUGACUGCCCGCGUCAAGCCCAACCGAGUUCACGACUGCCACCAUGAUCGGGCUGUCAGAGACCUGUACCGUAUGGGCAGCACAGGGUUUCUGGUAGCUGCAGAAAUGGAUGAUCUUAAGGUACAGGCUGGAACAUCUUUUGACGGGUUUGCGGCUCCAAUCGAAGGUGAGCUGCAAGUGCAUGGAAGGGGUCCCGCUGGCAACAUCGUCUUGCUGCAAACAGAAGUAGGUUCAACCGUUCUAUAUAUUCCCCACACCAACAACUCGGGGUGCGACACUCGGUCAAUACCUAUCGCCGGGGGACAGCUCUUCGACUCCCGCGUCUUUAAUGGCAGAAAUCCACACGAUAUCUAUAAUAUCUCCGUCUCGAAUUUACGUACAAAAGCCGCUGGGUCGAUUGGAGCAAUGGGUUUUGUCCCUACGUAG